GAGUCUUUUAUUUUGAGAACGAGUUUGUCCAAUGAGCGCCUGUAGAAAAUUAUACUUGGGAACCACCAGUCUCGUUUCAAGACAGACGGAAGCGGUCAAUCAAAGCAAAGUAAACGCAACGAUUGGGAAGGUGGCAUCGUGGUCAAUGAAUGACAUUGUGGCUGGCUGUGUUUCUAAGAAGGAAAAGGGUGGAGCCGAAGAAAUAAUGGCUGUCUUUCAGAGUCAAACCAGCUCUGAGUGAAAAGUUUCGUGCAGAUCUAGAUCUUUGUCUUCAAAAUGGCUGUAGAGGGAAGUGGAGACGUGAAUGUAUUUCUUUCUUCCUCGCUCAUGGGCUGUGGUUCGCAGAGGGAACCCCAAACAACAGCAGCGGCUACGACAUCUUCUUUGUUGACGUUUGCAGACAUGGUUCUUGCAUUGGACCAUAAGAGCACUGGCGAUUCGUUUGAACCCAAAUCGCUUCUCUUAGAUGGAUCUUCUGAAAGUGACCACACUUAUGCUUCGAAUAUUUCCAGGGUGACAACGAGAUCGAGAUCGCAAACCCCAGCUCAAAGAAUUGUGGCUGGAUUAGAAUUGCAGAUUGGAAACUCGGUCUCCAAGUUAAAACAAUGCCAUAUUAUGAGUGAUAGCGAGAGUCAUUCUCAUAGUCAUAGACCAUCGAAGGAAGUAAGUGACACCGAGAAGAGAAACAAUGAUUCUUCAAGAGUCAAAAGAAGUUCAUCGGUUGAAAAUAUUCAAUGUAAUUCUGGUCCAAGUACUGUCUCAACAUCCUCUGAGUGGCCUCAAGUUAUUUUGAAAAGUUCACCCCGAAAGUCUUGUUCUUUUGAGGAAUUUAGUAUCGAUCAUCAAUUUGCAAUGAAAUCGUCAAAAUCCUCUGAGAAUAUCCAAAGACCUGCUGUGUCACAUCAGCUUCAUCGAGUCGUGAAUGACACCCUGGAAUUCCCAUGCUGGCCUCGAAAAGCUGAUCAUACGUACGCCACUGCCACAUGGGAUGGCACUGCUGCUAGUCACAGUUUAUUUGAACAAGAAUUGAGACAAGAAGCUGAUAAACCAAGUCAGCAGGUGCAGGAAGAUCAAGAAAUGGAAUUUAUGGAGCCAGGUGCUCAGUGGAACAUGUGGGUCUCGAAACAAGAGGGUCGGUUGUCGUCAACAGAGACCGCACAGUGUGCCCCAUUGGCCUACCCUGCUACUGUCCUAAGUCAAAGGGAUGAUCACACCUAUGUCAAAUUUAAAGCGUUAAGCUCUCAGUCUCCUGUGCUGGGUCAGGAAAGUCAUGGUAACAAAAUAAUGCUGGAAGAGACCAGUACCUCUGUGAAACACGAUUUCUCUUCUGCAACGUUUCCCAGACAGAAAAUGCGAGAUGAUCACACCUAUUUUCACAGUGGGCUGAGUAAAAAAGGGGGCAUUGGGUCGGGAGGCAGGGAAUGGGCUAGUGUGCACACUGUGAUGGAUAUCUCAGGCCCCCAGGCUAGUCAGAUGGAGGAACAGAUUCCAAGUUUGCAUUCCUUCUCCAGAGCAUCGGCUAAAAAGGACCACAAUUAUUCGACUUCAGCAUGACCAUCAGUUGCAGCUUCAAUGCUUCGUAUAAAUUCCUGUUACCAGCUGUUGCCCUUUGCGUCUUUCAUUGCUUGUGAUGAGCUUCGAAGAGAGGAGAGAUGACCAAAAAGAACCAGAGCUGCCCACACUUGACCGCUUUUAUACAUAUACCUGGUCAACAUAUUCUCAAAGACAAAAGCUGCUGAGAACGGAAGAACUGCCGAUGUGCCCAGACUUGUCUCAUCUCUUAUCUGUAUAGAGAGCUAAAGACAGAUCAUUCUUCAGCAACAGCAGAGCUGUAAUCUUGAAUGCUCAGCAUAGCUCUGUGUGUUGCCAGUGGAAAAAUACACACAUCAGUCUCAUCUCAUUCUUGAGUUAGUGUGUGAGUGAGUGAUAUAUUUUGAGUUGCACACGCUGCUUACAAUCACUCAGUCAGGACUCAGUUUUGUCAAAAUUUCUGUUUUCUGUCAUAUUGCUUGAGGUCAAGAAAUAGUUUGCAUUUUGUUGGAGCUACUAGUGUCGCCUUUUUUUUUUUAAAUUGUGUACACACGUAUCUUCUAGAUUUUAUGUCUUCUAUGUCGUUGAUUUAACAUUGUAUAGUUGAUCAUUCAGUGAGUAAAGUAAACAACAUAAAUCUACUUCAAGUUCAAUCCAUGAUGCUGGUUUACAAUAAAAUUUAUAUAAAUUGUAAACCAGCAUCGUGGAUUAUAUUAUAACACUUUCAGUACUGAGCAAUUCAAGAACUACUACACAUAUUUCUUCCCCGAAGCUGAGAGUUUUUAAGCAGAAUUUUGGCUCAGAAGUUAUUGUAUGCCGUAACAUUUGGCUUCAUUGCUACUGACUCCAUUUGUUAACACUAGCAUUAUAGCUUUCUUAUUUAUUGUCAUACAAAAUUGGAGAAUGCAUUUUGUUCUCAAAUGCUUGAACAGAAUGUGAGUAACCCUAACUAGUGACCAUUUUUCAUUCAUUUGAGAGUCGUGUGUCAGUACUAAACAGUACCACUGUGCACAGUCUGUACUGCAUUCUCAUCAUAUUCACGUAAGCAAUCCCUUUGACUUUAAACAACAGUGUAUUUUAUAGUAGAAUGAUAGUGCACAGUUCAUGUGGAACUUUAUUGGAGGACUCGUUUUUACAAUGCAUACCCAUGAGUUAAAAUUGAAGCAGAAAAUUAACAAAAAUAAUAUUGUUGCAAAAUUCUCUUUUCACUUUCUUAGAAGAACAACGCUGUUUCGUUGCUUGGAUUUUAUCAUUUUCAGUUACUGUAAAACUUUAUUGUUAGCCUUUUGGUUCUAAGGAAGUCAAAACGGGCUCUUGUAAUGUUUUGACAGUUUCUGGACUAUAGUAAGUCAAUGAAUCUUUACAGUUUUGCUGUAAAACUCUUCAUUUCAAUGAAUAUUAAGGAUUUAGAUGUGGUUCUUAGUGAAUUAAAAUACAAUGAAGCAAGUGGAAAAUGAUAGAAAUAAAUUUCUGGUAUACACCCUUUCUUUUUGCAUGCUAAAUUUUUGGCAGUGACUCAUUAGUUUUGCACACUUAUAGCUGAGACAGAGAUGCUGCAGAGAAUGUGAUUCCUGUACAGUAUUCCUCUUGUACAAUAACGCUAAUUGUAGCCGUAAUAUGACAAAGUGUUUUAGGGCUGAAAUGCAGUGAUUCAAAGUAAUUCUUUUGGCUUUAUGUGGGUUACACCUUAUUCAGGAGCAUGAUGAUCAUAUUAUUAUAAUUUCAUCAGGUCAAGUUCCUUUGGUGGUUUUUCUUCUUGUGCCAUAAUAAUGCCGCAUUUCCAUUUUUGAAACCUGCUGUGAUGGGAAUGGAUUUAAUUACCCAAGUUGCAAUGAUGACGGUAGAAUUUUCUAAGACUAAGACGGUGUAUCACGCACUUUAUAUAGGAAACAGAAGGAUGUUGAAAAUGUUCGUCUUGUACGACUUUUGCUAUGGUACAUGAUACAUCAUGUAGAAAAAAUACAAAUGUACACGUACAUGAAUAUUAAGAAACAAACUUCAGGAACUGGAAAUUUGUUCGCAUGAUUUGAUGAUGAUUGUGCGUUGUGCAUGCUAGACUGUAUUAUUAUCAAACAGCAAGGUCUAGUGAAUUUUUGUACUCGCUCUUGACUGCAACCUUUCAACAAAAAUGAUAAGAAAUGAAUGGCUCCUUCUUUUGUUGUAAUAUCUCACUCUGAGACAUCUUCAAUGGAGUCAAGGUUUUCUAUGUGUCUUAUACUGGCAGAAAUGAAUGGCUCCUUCUUUUGUUGUAAUAUCUCACUCUGAGACAUCUUCAAUGGAGUCCAGGUUUUCCAUGUAUCUUAUACUGGCGUCUGUGGUGUAGUGAUUAGGCACUUUGCUAUUUUGCAUCUAGGAAACUGAGUUCGAUUCCAAGUGAGCAGAAUUUUUAUCGAACUCGUACUAUAGUCUUUCCGCUAGGAUGUUGUACCCGUCUUAGCUCGGGUUGGCCCCGACAGGCGUGGUCGAAGUCUGCCUCCUUUGUUCUAAAAUGUAUCAAUGGGGGCGUAAAACACAUACCUAUCAACUACAUUUUGUGUAACUUAUACUUAUAUGUAGUACAUGUAAACGUUAAAACAUCAGUGAAUGUGUGGAUGGACAAUUUAUUUCAAUGUCUUUCAUUCAUGUGCGAACAGUUUAUGUUUUUUGCAUUGUCAAAUUGGUGUGUACUUUUAUUAAGUUUUUAAUUUUUAUUCAUGAUCUUUUUGACAAAACAAUUUUUUUUUGUGAAAAAGAAUCAGACCUUACACACAAGUUAUUGUUUAUUGAAUUAGGGUUGUUUCACUUUGCCUGUGUACGGUACGUGGGAAUUUCAGUGAGUCAAUAGCCUACCAUUUUUCUUCUUCUUUUUUUUUAUUUCAUUCUUUCUCAGAAUGGACUAAGUCUGGCUUCAGGAUAAUUUCUUCCUUUGCCCUUCAACUCACCUUAGCCUGACAGUUUCAAGGGAUGAAGAAUUGAGAUUUAGAUCUAUUAAGUUUUGACUGGUCUUUGAAACUGCUUCUUUUUAGUUAUAAAGUUCUAUUCUUGUUUAGUUUGUCUUGUGUGUGUUUUUUAUUUUAUUAUUAUCAUGUGUAAUCACAAUAAUUUCUUGGCAGAGUAUUUGAAUGACUUUAAUUUGAACAAUUUUUUAUUUUUUUUGUCAUGUGCGAUUGUUGAUGAUGUUACAAAGGCAACAACAGAGUUCCUACAAUAGUCAGCAGAGAUCACGUUGCCGACACUUUUUAUUGGGAUCCUCAGACAUUGUGCCAUUCACGUUCUAUUUAAGUUUACCAGGUAUUUAUCUCAUUUCAUACUCAACUGACGUAUUCCAGUGGCUUCUUUGUGACCAACUCGCCCCUCCCAUACCCAAAUUGAUGUACCGGUACGUGUUAAUGGUGUAAUCCUGUGCUCAUGUAGACUAAAGCAUUUUGUAUGUUGUGAUGCGCAUGCUGUUUGGAAAUGUACUAUUUUGCAGUUUACAAAGACAUUAUUGGGUCUGAGGUUUCCAUACAUUUUCUAGGCAAAAUUGCAACACGAUUUGUGUUGAUUACGAUGGCACUACGGAAUAAAACAGUUGAAAAAGUGACUGAGAAUGGAGAAAAGAUUCUGUUUAAAUGCAUAAAACAAAUAGUAUUCUUCUUCCAUCUAAAGCAAACGGCCGUUCUGUAGAGGUGCGUGUGGACUGAAAAGGCUAUGCAUGUUCAUAAUAAUUAACUUGUUGUAAGUGUAACAUGAAUUUAUUUCGGUUGAGAUUAAGAGAGCAUCAAACUUUGCUUGUUAUGUUGUGAUGUUUAUGUGAAAUGGAUUCAUCAGGCCCCCAGCUUGACACGUUUCUGUUUGCGGUCUGCACUUUAUGUAUUGUAAAAAUGAUUUAUAUUGUGUUUUUUUACCACAAGGAGUGUAUUAUUAUUAAUUAUUACAUUCCCCAUACAAACGACUUUUGAAA